UGACAGUACUUUCUCUGCAAAAGUUUUUUUUCACCCACAAAAACACAAACACAAACACAAACACAAACACACAGAGAUAUACACACACAUAAACCUUACUCAUCACUGUAUCUCUUCGCUUUCAAACAACCAAAAACCCUAACUUUCUCUAGAGAAAAUCCUCCUUUCUCUCUAGCUGAAUUUAUCUGUUGUGUUUUUGAGUUAAAAGGUUUUCAAUGGUGUGAAAUCGAGUCUUUAGACAAAGAUUUUAAAAGUAUCUGUUUCUGUAUGUUUAGGUAUAUAAAGUGAAAAAAGCUAUGGCGCCAUCUGAUAAAGAGUUGGAGCUGCUGUUAAUGGAUGCUGGAAACAAGCUCCUUGAACCUCCCUCCUCAGUUGAUGAGCUCAUCACUCUCCUCGAUCAAGUUGAGAGUUUUCUUUCAAGGGUGGAACAAUCACCAAGCCAAUCAAUGCAAAAUGCACUCUCUGCUUCACUUAAAGCAUUGAUUGCAGAGCAGCUUUUCAGACAUCCUGAUGAUGAUGUCAAAGUUGCAGUUGCUGCUUGCAUCAGUGAGAUAACAAGGAUAACUGCACCGGAUGCUCCUUAUCAUGAUAACCAAAUGAAGGAGGUCUUUCAACUGAUUGUAUCAUCGUUCAAAAAUUUGUCUGACAAGUCCAACCGCUCAUAUAUUAAGAGGACCUCAAUUCUUGAAACUGUUGCCAAAGUCCGAUCGUGUGUGGUGAUGUUGGAUCUUGAAUGCAAUGCUUUAAUCAUUGAGAUGUUCCAGCGUUUCCUUAACGGGAUAAGAGAUUAUCAUGCUCAUACUGUCUUUGCAUCAAUGGUGACAAUUAUGACCCUUGUGUUGGAAGAAAGUGAAGACAUAUCUAUAGAGCUGCUCUCCCCAAUCUUAGCUAGUGUAAAGAGAGAUAAUGAGGAAGUUCUUCCCAUUGCUCGGAGGUUGGGAAAGAGUGUGCUUGAAAACUGUGCAUCAAAGCUGAGACCUUACCUAACGCAAGCUGUAGAGAACUCAGGCAACUCUUUUGAAGAUUAUAGUAGUGUAGUAGCUUCUAUAUGCCAAGUGGCACCCAGUGCUGUGGCACAGAAUGAUGCGGCCACCAACAAAUCUGUGGAUGAUAAGAGCAAACCAGCAGAGGCACCUUUGGACAAUGCAGUCCAGGAGGAUAAAGAGAUUCCUAAAGAAUCAGAUUUAACUGAACAAGUUGAUCUUGCAAAUGAAAAGUCUCCCAAAUCAGUUGUUAGCAAUGGCAUUGUUCAAACUGAUGAAAACAGCUCACUGGCUUACUUAAAGAAGCAAGAGGAAGACCACCUUGCCAAUAAGUCGGAGAAUGCCAAUACAUCAGCUCUUGCUGAACCUGAUGAAUUGGAAGGUGAGAAAGUGGUCAAUUUAGAUUCUAAGCUAGAGCAAAGCACCAAGGGAAAAGGGAGGAAAUUCCAUUCAAAAUCAGCGAAACCUUCUGACAGCACUCAUGUUGGUGGGAGGGAAGUUGAGACCUUAACUGACUAUAAAGAUGACAGCAAGGAUGAUGCUCAUCCACCCAAAACUAAAAGAGAGACGGAUGUUCAGCCUUCCCUAACAAAAGCAACUGAGGAUGAAUCCAAUGAUGUUGCUUUCCCAACACCAAGUGGGACUGUACAUGAUGAGAGCCAUUUGAAAAAGGCUGCUUUGCCCAAAAGGAAAGACUGCUUGAGUAAGGAGAUCACUCCUGUUGAAGAUGUCUCCAAGAAAUCAUCUGAAGUGGCAAGUGAUUCAAAAGCAAAAACAAGUAAACGACUGGGGAAAAAGGUUUCUUUUGCAGUUUCUGAGGUUAGUGCUCCAGCUGAUGUAGAUAAAACUAAGAAAGAAAGUGGCACUGCUUCAGAGGCAAAAUCACUGAAGUCCUUUUCAAGGAAACUUGGGGAUAAGAAAAGGCAAGCUCAGGGGAAAGUUAUUCCUGAGGAUGGAACAAAAAUCUCGACCAGGAAUGAUGAUGAGGAAAUGGUUGGUUCUCCAAAGGCAGUGAAGCCAAAUAAACAUGAUUCUCAGAUGGAUGAGACCCCCAAGACAAAUUACAAGAGAAAGCAUACCGCAAGUAAAGACAAAGCAUCUGGUACCCUAGAAUAUGAUGAGAAUCUGGUUGGUUUGAAGGUGAAGGUCUGGUGGCCCAAAGACCGUGAAUUCUAUGAAGGUGUUAUUCAUUCAUUUGAUCCUAUUAAAAGGAAGCACAAGGUGUGCUAUGAUGAUGGUGAUGAAGAAAUUUUGAAUCUUAGGAGAGAGAAGUGGGCAGUGAUCUAUGAUGAGACUGCGUCAGAUAAGGAAGAUGGGGCAGAUCAUCCAAGUCCUGAUGGUUUAUCCGAAAUAUCUCAAAAGAAGAAAGCAAAAGCAGUUGAUCAGCCAAGCAAGAAAGCUAAGAUGGAUGCUUUGCCAAAAAGGGGUGGAGGUGCUUCAUCUGGAAAAUCCAAGGGUGCUGUCACAAAGUCUGGUCGCAAAAUGAAGGAAGAUGGUAAAGAGGAUAGCUCCAAGAGUGUGGCUAAAUCAGAAAAUGUUACCAAAGCCAAGCAGCAUACCCCUAAAAGUGGUAGUAGAUCAGUUGAUGGCGCUUCAAAAGUAGGCAACAAAUCCAAAAAUGAGGACACUGGUGAUACACCCAAGUCUACCAAAUCCAAGGAUGAUGUCGCUUCAAAAAUAGGCAACAAAUCCAAAAAUGAGGACACUGGUGACACACCCAAGUCUACCAAAUCCGAGGAGGAUGUCACUUCAAAAGUAGGCAACAAAUCCAAAAAUGGGGACACUGGUGACACACCCAAGUCUACCAAAUCCAAGAAUGAUGACAAUGUUAAGCCAAAAGCUUCCUUGUCAAAACAAGACACUUUGAAGACAACCGAGUCCAAGCAGGAAGCCCCCAAAGUUUCCUCCAAUCCUAAGGACAAGCCUCUCAAAACUGAUGGUAAACCAGACAACAAUGGUAAUGGUAAGUUGAAAUCUGGUUCAUCAAAGGUGAAAGAAGGUGAGAGCUUAAAAGAGAGCUCACCUGAUUCAGCUGAGGUUGUGGAAACUGCAAAGCGGAAAACCCCAAGUUCAUCUAAGGGACAGGGAAAUGAUCCCAAGCCUGCAAAAAAGCUGCGAGAUGAGCCGAAAGCCACUUCACCUGAAUUGUCAUAGCCAGCCAAGCUGGUUCUUGUCCAAUGUCGAACUUAUCUGAAUCCUAGUUUUCAUUGCAGCCUUUUUAAAUGUCCACAGUGCAGCUAGCCAUGCAUUUAGUAUUGACAUAUGCUUAGGCUUGUGGCUAGCAAUUAUUCACAGUUACUAGUGUUUUGUAGGGGUCAAAGUGUUUUUUUUUUUUUUCGGUUGGGUAAAAGAAAUUCCUGUUAUUUAAGGUGCAGCAUCAGGAUAGAUUGGGUUAGCCUUUGUUUUGUCUUUUGAUUACAGAGCUGCUUAGAUGGAUUAAUGUAGAACCUUUGUUAAAGCAGUGAUGUUGAUUACCUUUUUUCUA